AUGGAAUGGGAUGUGCCGUCGAAUGCGCCCAAGAUUCCGACUUUCCGUGUUUUGAACGACAUGAACAGAAUCGACGACAAGAGCCGCAUGUCAUCUGAUAUUACAAGUAGUGAGGUGUUAAAGUGGUACAAGAACAUGCUGACUGUCAACAUCAUGGACGCCAUCAUGUUCGACGCCCAACGGCACGGCCGUGUCAGCUUCUACAUGGUAUUGAUCCCCUCGGCGAUGAAAGGCUUGGUCUGCGCUACCAACAAGCUUACCCUGCACAAUAGGGAGCAUGGUGUGUUUCUCCAGCGAGGAUUUGAGCUCAAGGAUUUUAUGAGCCAGCUGGCUGCCAACUGCAAUGACCCCGGGAAGGGGCGAAAUAUGCCCGUUCAUUACAGCGGGAGGAGCAAAGUAGGGGUGCACGCCGUGGCGUCGACGCUCGGAACGCAAAUCCCCCACGCCGCCGGCGCUGGGUAUGCUCUGAAGAUGCAAGAUAGAGAGGACACCUCUAGUCCUCCCCGGGUGGCUGUAGCCUAUUUUGGCGAGGGCGCCGCGAGCGAGGGCGACUUCCAUGGCGCUCUGAAUAUAGCUUCUGUUAUACAGAGCCCGGUUUUGUUCAUUUGUCGCAAUAACGGGUUUGCAAUCUCGACUCCUGCCUCAGAGCAAUACAAAGGAGAUGGCAUCGCCAGCCGAGGACGAGGAUACGGCAUCGAAUCUCUGCGCGUGGACGGCACGGACAUCUUUGCGGUGUACGAGGCCACUAAAGCAGCCAGGGAGAAAGCUCUCGAGGGCGGUGGACGGCCCAUAUUGCUCGAGUUUAUGAGCUACCGCAUAUCACACCAUAGCACCAGCGAUGACAGUUUAGCAUACCGCAGCGCAGACGACGUCGCGUACUGGAAGUCCCCGCAACGUGACCCCAUUUCGAGGCUUUUUCAAUGGUUGAAGAACGAAGGGGUUUGGAACGAGGAACUAGACGCGGAAGCUCGAAAGCAGAUACGUAAGGAUGUUAUUCGGGAGCUCACCAUGGCAGAGAGAGAAAAGAAGCCGGAGUUGAGAGCCGUUUUUGAUGAUGUCUACGCUGAAUUGACAGAAGAGGCCCGGUCCCAAAGGGAGGAAUUGAAGCGGCUGAUACAGAAGUAUCCGGGUGAAUACGAUGCCGAGCAACACGUAGGCGGCAUUGAAGGUCUGUAA